UAAGCCCAGAAUAUCCUCAAGACCGGCUGGAUCUCAGAGGAGCCCAUCAGCUAAGCAGAACACUGCAGAACCACUGUCUAAUUCAUCACAGCCAUGAGUAAGAAUGCGGAUGAGGUCAAAGCUAAGCUGGACCAGCUGAGAUGUCACUUUACGUGGGAGUUGCUGGUUGAGGACACCGAACUGCCUGAUUUGGAAAACAGGAUCUUGGAUGAGAUUGAUUUCCUAGACACCAAAUACAACGUGGGGAUCCACAACCUGCUGGCCUAUGUGAAGCACCUGGUGGGCCAGAACCAGGAAGCCCUGAGGAGCCUGCAGGAGGCUGAAGGCUUAAUCCAGCAGGAACGUGCCGCCCAAUCAGAUGCGAGACGUCUGGUCACGUGGGGCAACUACGCCUGGCUGUAUUACCACAUGGGCAGACCCGAAGAAGCCCAGGCUUACCUGGACAAGGUGGAGAACACCUGCAAGGAGUUCGAGGCUCCCUCCCGCUACAGGGUGGAGUGUCCCCAGAUGGACUGUGAGGAGGGAUGGGCCUUGCUGAAAUGUGGAGGAAAGAGCUAUGAACGGGCCAAGGCCUGCUUUGAGAAGGCUCUGGCAGUGGACCCGGAAAACCCUGAAUUUAGCACUGGCUAUGCGAUCGCCACCUACCGCCUGGACGUCUUUAACAAAGCAACACAGGUUAGUGAGGCAUUCUGUCUGCGGCCCCUGAAAGAGGCCAUCAGGCUAAAUCCAGAAGAUGCAUAUAUUAAGGCUCUCCUUGCCCUGAAGCUUCAGGACGUAGGCCAAGAAGCUGAAGGAGAAAAGUACAUUGAAGAAGCACUGACCAACAUGUCCUCGCAGACCUACGUCUUCCGAUACGCGGCCAAGUUUUACCGAAGAAAAGGCUCUCUGGACAAAGCUCUUUGGCUCUUAAAAAUGGCCCUGCGUGCCACCCCCUCCUCUGCCUUCCUGCACCACCAGAUAGGGCUUUGCUACAGGGCACAAAUGAUCGAAAUAAAGAGAGCUGCCAACUGGCAGCCCAGAGGACAGGUUAGAGAAAAUUUUGACAGAAUGGUAAGAAUGGCCAUAUCUCAUUUUCAAUUUGCUCUGGAACAAAAGCCCACAUUUGACAUUGCUUAUAUACACCUCGCAGGUAUGUACAUAGAAGCUGACGACUAUAGAAGCGCUGAAGACACAUACCAAAGAGCAUUCUGCUUGAAAUCACUGGAAGAAGAAAAACUGCAAAAGAUACAUUUCCACUAUGGUCAAUUUCAGGAAUUUCAAAAGAAAUCUGAGGUCAAUGCAAUUAUCCAUUAUUUGAAAGCAGUAAAAAUAGAGAAGGCAUCAUUGUUAAGGGAUAAAAGUAUGAAUUCUUUGGAGAAAUUGGCUUUAAGGAAACUUCGUAGAAAUGCAUCAGAUGUAGAAAGCUUGAGCAUUCUUGGGUUCAUCUACAAAGUCAAAGGAGAAAUGAAUAAGGCCCUGGAGUACUAUGAGCGGGCCCUGCGGCUGGCUGCUGACUUUGGGAACUCUGAGACACAAUCCCUAGCCGUGGAAAUAUGAACCACGUUCACAUUUUGUUUGAUUUUUAGGUAAAUGUGUUAACUCUAAUCAUUUU